UACUUCCAAUACCUUACUUCCUACAAAGUCGUAAUAUCCAUUACAAACGCCGCAAGAAAGUUCGCAUACCUAAACCGAAACCACCAAUGAAUCUCCCAACCGAUCCCGACUUUUAUACUGGACGAACUGGUUUAAUUCGAUUCGAAGAAUUCUACCACAACACCCUUGCAGAAGAUCUUAUGGUAAUGACCUACAGACACAAGACAAAAGAAAUGAUAAAAGCUGAAGUUGAGGAGCGCGCUCGACAAUUGCAAGCGGCUGACGAAGCAGCAGCGGCAGCGUUGGAAAAUCCAUAUUUGAAGAAUAGACCAACACCCCCACCAAGAGGGAAGAAACCGAUCAAGCCUAAAAGACCACCGAGUUCGGUGAAGACUAUACCACAAUUGGACAAGAUUGAUUUACACUGUAUGGUCAAGGAGAGUCUACAGAGAAAGGAAGCUUUGUUGAAUGGCAUAAUGACAUUGUAUUCCAUUACUUCCGAGCUGCCUGCGGUAGUUUAUUCUAAGCAUGGUGUUGCCAAUUGGAAAUUAAGACCUGGAAUGCCUAUCGCGUGCAAAGUAUCACUCAAAGGUGCCGCCAUGUACACAUUUCUCGACAAGUUAAUUGAAAUUGUUUUACCGAGGACGAGAGAAUGGCAUG